GCAGCACGGAAAAAGCGGUGAGGGCUCCAGCCCCACGUGUACUCUGUGGCUCCCUUCGCUUUACCUGUGUUCGUGGUCGCCCUUGUUGCUCCGGGAGGGAGCUUCUCGGUUGAGGGACGCUGAGGCGAGGCGGCGCCUCUGCGCUUGCGCGCAUACGGUGGCCGGAAGGUGCCAAAGGCGGAGCCUGGGGCGGCAACCGCGAGCCCCACCCUUCCCCCCACGUGGCUGUGUAGACCGGCAUGCAGAGAUGGCUUCCAAGCGGAUCACACAGGAAACCUUUGAUGCUGCAGUGCAUGAGAACAUUGAGGAGUUUGAGAUGGGCGCUGAGGAGGCCGUUCGAGAAGCUGUGGAGCAGUUUGAAUCACAAGGGGUUGAUCUGAGCAACAUCGUGAAAACAGCACCGCCAGUGUCCUUGGACGGCCUUCAGGAGCCCACACAUGAUGUCCUACAGGCUCUCAAUGAUCUGCAGGAGGCCCUGACUGGGUCUCGGCCCCAGGAGGUAUCAGCCCACCUUGCCCGCUUCUGCGACCAGUGCAGGCAGCAGAAGGCCAGCCGCUACCUGGCAGCCCAGAAGGGGGCCUACCCAAUCCUCCUGGCUGCCUGGCAGCUCGCUGCCACGAGCGACCAGGGCCUUCUGCUCCAGGCUCUCAAUGCUCUGGCUAUGCUGACUGAUGGCCAGCCUGAUCUCCUAGAUGCCCAGGGCCUGCAGCUGCUCGUGGCCACACUGGCACAGAAUGCCGCCAAUACCGAACUCACCUGCUGUGGGAUCCGCUGCGUGCGCCAUGCCUGCCUGAAACAUGAGCAGAAUCGGCAGGGUCUGGUGAAAGCUGGAGUGCUGCCCCUGCUAACUGCUGCUAUCACACAGCAUGCCCAGCAUGCCGAUGUGGUCAAGGAAGCCUGCUGGGCCUUGCGGGUCAUGACCUUUGAUGAUGAUAUCCGAGUGCCCUUUGGCCAUGCCCAUGAGCAUGCCAAGAUGAUUGUUCAGGAGAACAGAGGUCUGAAGGUGCUCAUUGAGGCUGCGAGAGCGUUCCCUGACAACCCGGGAGUCCUGAGCGAACUCUGCAGCACCCUGUCCCGCCUGGCUGUACGGAAUGAGUUCUGUCAGGAGGUCAUCGACCUCGGAGGCCUUGGCAUCCUUGUGACCCUGCUAGCUGACUGCAGUGACCACCAGGACCUCGUGAAACAAGUACUCAGCGCCCUGAGAGCUAUCGCAGGCAACGACGAUGUGAAGGACGCCAUUGUCCGGGCAGGCGGUACGGAGUCCAUUGUGGCUGCCAUGACCCGGCACCUGGCCAGCCCCCAGGUCUGUGAACAGAGCUGCGCGGCACUCUGUGUUCUGGCUCUGCGAAAGCCUGAGAACAGCCGGGUCAUUGUGGAGGGUGGUGGAGCACUGGCGGCGCUGCAGGCCAUGAAAGCACACCCGCAGGAGGCCAGCGUCCAGAAACAGGCUUGCAUGCUGAUCCGAAACCUGGUGUCCCGCAGCCAGGUCUUCUCUAAGCCCAUCUUGGACCUCGGGGCGGAGGAGCUCAUUUUGAAAGCCCGAGCUGCCCACCCGGACUGUGAGGAUGUGGCCAAGGCUGCAUUGCGAGACCUGGGCUGCCGAGUGGAGCUUCGUGAACUGUGGACGGGAAAGAGGGGUGACCUGGCUCCAUGACCCUGUCUCAGCAAACUAUGACUCUAGAACAUGGGAACUCUGUGCCCUGCCACUCUGUCCCCACCCAUGCUACCCAGAGCAAAAGUAUGUUCAGCAGGUCAUUGGUGGGGGAGGGCAGAAGCAGCCCUUGGAGCCUGUGUCCCCACAGGCAGCAGUGAUGACCUAGUGGCCCACCCCUUCCAGUACCUUUCCCGCCCACAGUUUUUCUCAGCAGUUCUGGGGCAAAGGGCACAAGGAACUGCAACAGUCUGUUGGAGUUUGGGGCCCCUGCAAGCCAGGGUCCUGACAGGUUGGCCCCAGGGCUGCAAUGCAGGCACCAUGGGAGAGGUGCUUCUACCAAAGGGGGCUUCCCAGAUCCACAUGGUGGGGAGGGGGGUGACUCCUGCAGAUUGUCCACUGAACUCCAUGUGUGCGCUGUGGUGCGCUCACACACAUGCGUGUGCGUGCAUAAUAAAUAAAUAAAUAUAAAUUAAAAACCCUGCUCCUCGGAGUUGG